AUGGGUAAUGAUGUACUCUCUAUUCGUACAGCACAACAUUGGUUCAAUUGCUUUAAGAACGGUAACGUAGAACUCGACGACUUACCUCGAUCCGGUAGGCCAUUCGAAUUGGAUGUGGAUCUCUUAAAGCAACUCAUCGAAGAAGAUCCUCGAUUGACCUCACGGUAUUUAGCAGAGCAGCUUGGCUGCUCCCAUACUGUGGUGGAAAAACAUCUGAACAAAUUAGGCAAGAGAUGGAAAUAUGGAGUUUGGAUACCUCAUGAGUUAUCACCACAACAGCUCCAAUUCAGGGUCGAUGUUUGUAUGGAUUUAAUGACGUCUCAUCGUAACUAUCAAUGGCUACGCAAUCUUAUCACUGGUGAUGAGAAUUGGGUGUUGUAUGUUAACUACACGCACAGAUACCAAUGGCUAACGAGGGAACCUCUCGAGGUGAUAAAAAGCUUUAAGACCCAGACUACUCUUGUCUUAUAGACCCUAGCUAGUAAUGAAAUACCCCCUUUUGGUUCAUUCCCUUAUCGCUUUCUAAAGGAGAUAUGCCUAUUUCAAGUUUCACUCGAAAUACACAUUUCUUCCAUGAUUUUCGAUUUUUCACUAAAACUAU